CGCCCAAUUUUUGCCUAUAAAUAAUCCAACAAACCGACCUCUUCUCUUCAUCAAGUUCUACAAAUAUCCUUAUAUUCCACCAACUCUUUCAUCAGUCAUUCAAAUCUCUUCUCGUGAAAUUUUUAUUUUCAAGAAUCUUUUCUCUUUCGUGAAUAGCAAUAUUCCCAACUCUGUUGAGCCAUUUUUUUCCAUUGUUCUAAACUUGUAAGUGAAUCAUGUCACCACCUAACUUCAUUCUUGAAAAAAUUUCAAGUUAUUUUCAAAAAGCAAAACCUCAACCAUGCAGAUUCAUGCUUUCUUCAGACAGGGAAAUCUCAGUAGAUGGAGUCACACUCCUCGCUGAAGUUCCCGAAAACAUAACACUUUCGAGUUUCACUUCAGUUUGUAGCUCUCCCAACUCCGACUCUCCUCCUCCCAAACACAUCCUGAAAUCAGUCGAAUCCAACGCAGCAAAUGGCGCCUUCAUAGGGCUCUCGGUCGAGAAACCCCUCGACAGAAUCCUCUGCUCCAUCGGCAAAUUCAGCAACCGGAAAUUCCUGAGCAUUUUCCGGUUCAAGACAUGGUGGUCGACCAUGUGGACCGUCGACCAAGAGGAGCACGACCGGGUGUUCAAAGAGAUGAUCGAGCUAGCCGAGAAGAAAAAGGCCCUCGAGAAGGCAGGGGAGGAUGGUUCUGGCCUGCCGGAAGCCAGAACCAUCGAGUAUCUAGAGGCGUUGGAGGGAGUCGAACCGGGAGGUCUCAAGGCGUUGAUUGGGGAUUUGAGGAGGGAGUUUCCUAGUUUGGAUGAAGUUUAUGUGUGGCAUGCUUUGUGUGGGGCUUGGGGUGGGGUUAGGCCUGGGACUACUCAUUUGAAUGCUAAGGUGACGUCAGCGAAGGCGGGCCCGGGGCUGGCCAAGACCAUGUUUGAUUUGGCUGUCGUCAUGAUCGAGAAAGGCGGGAUCGGGCUCGUCGACCCGGACGAGGCGGAGGAGUUUUACGAUGCGAUGCACUCGUACCUGGCGGAUGCCGGCGUCACCGGCGUCAAAGUCGAUGUGAUUCAUACCUUGGAGUAUGUGAGUGAAGAGCAUGGAGGCAGAGUGAAGCUAGCCAAGGCAUACUAUGAUGGCCUAAACAAAUCCCUUAGGAAAAAUUUCAAUGGGACAGGACUGAUUGCUAGCAUGGAGCAAUGCAAUGACUUCUUUUUCUUGGCCACAAACCAAAUAUCCAUGGCCCGAGUUGGCGAUGACUUCUGGUUCGAGGACCCUAACGGCGACCCCAUGGGAGUUUAUUGGCUCCAAGGUGUCCAUAUGAUACAUUGUAGCUAUAACAGCUUAUGGCAAGGCCAAUUUGUUCGGCCCGAUUGGGAUAUGUUCCAAUCGGACCAUCUUUGUGCAGAGUUCCACGCAGCCUCCCGCGCCAUCUGUGGGGGGCCGGUGUACGUCAGUGAUAAAGUCGGCCGCCAUGACUUGGAGCUUCUAAGGAAGCUAGUCUUGCCUGAUGGAAGCAUAUUAAGAUGCCAGCAUUAUGCACUUCCAACUAGGGAUUGCCUCUUUGAGAACCCUCUCUUUGAUGCCAAAACCCUGCUUAAACUGUGGAACCUAAACAAGUUUGGAGGGGUGAUUGGAGUGUUCAACUGCCAGGGAGCCGGAUGGUAUCCGGAGGAGCAUAGGUGCAGGGCUUACCCAGAGUGCUACAGGAGGAUGUCGGGCUAUCUCUCCCCCAACGACGUCGAGUGGGAGCAGGAAGAGUCCACUGCUGAGUACAGAAAGAAUGGAAGGUUUGCUGUUUAUCUGCACAAAGCUGGAAGUCUUCACCUAAUGAAGGCCAGUGAGAAACUGGAGAUCACUCUGGACCCGUCGUCGUUUGAGAUUGCGAUGGUUGCGCCCGUUUUGGAGUUUGGUGAUGAGAUCAAGUUUGCCGGAGUUGGACUUGAGAACAUGUUCAACAGUGGUGGAGCGGUAGAGCUUGUGGAGCAGAAAAUCGAGGCGAAAAAUGUGGGCUUUGUGGUGAAGAUUAAGGGAACAGGGAAGUUCUUGGCCUAUUCAAGUGUGAAGCCUCGGAAAGUUGUGUUGGAUGGUGAGAUUGUUGAAUUUGAAUGGACAAAUGAUGGGGUUCUCAAGUUUGAAGUGCCGUGGAAUGGUGGAGAAGUGAAAGAUGUUCAAAUCUUGAUUAGCAAAUAACUUGUAAAUUUAACCAUUUUGUUUUUUCUCUCUUGUAUUGUAUGGACUAUUUUUUCUUUUUCUGGAUGUUUUUUGUUUGUAAACAGGUGACGAGUAUUGUGUAAAUAAAUGUAUGAUGAAUCUGGAAAAUUGUAGCGCUUCUAAUUGAUGAA